AUGCUCUGGAUGAAGCGAUUCCUACAAGAAUUAGGGCAAGAACAGCAUAAAGACAUUUUGCAUUGUGAUAGUCAGAGUGCGAUCCACUUGAGCAAGAAUCCAAGUUUUCACUCGAGGUCGAAGCACAUUGAUGUGCGAUAUCACCGGAUACGUGAUGUGUUGGAGUCUAAGCAAUUAUAG